AUUCAUUAUUUUAAUUAAAAUACCAAGAAAGAAACCAUAAUUUGAUAAGAUGUAGUUAAAUUAUUGGAGAAAUUGAGUUUUCACUUAUUUACAACUUUUUAAUACCUAAAAUAUGAUGUAAUAAGAGAAAAAUUCUAAGUAAUUUGACUAAAUUACAUGUAACUUAGGCCAGAACGGGUCGAGAAUAAGGCGGGUCAGGGCAGGUCGGGUCGAUGAGAGGUACCCAUUCCUGCCCCGCCCCGCCUAUGGGGCAGGUCAGACCCGCCCCAAAACAGGUCAAACAGGUCGGAUAAAUCGGAUUAGAUCGAAAUUGUCAUCCCUAGUUGGAUGGAAUGGAGUACCGUUCUCCAAUAUUCAAGUGGUGCACCAAUCUUGGUUGGACUCCGCUAAUUAUCAAUGGGGACAAAUUUAGCAUGAGCUUAACAUGAGUUGGUAUUUUCUGUGACAAAUAAAAUGGGUUGUCCCUUAUACUCGGCCCACCUUACUCGGCCCACCCAACUAUGCCCAACUGCGCUUUCUUCCUCUCAAGUCCCAACUUACGGCGCAUAACAGACCCUAGGCGUCACCCAACGGCGCCGACCGACUCUCCCCUCUGCUUCCCUCUCGGUCGCGCGCAACUCGCCAGGAUCUCCCUCUCGUUCGCGACCAGCCAGCAUCUCCGCCAGCGGCCAGUCACAUCAGAGCAAAAUAUUGUUGUGCUUGAUCAGAAUUCCCCCAUCUUCGAGUUUCCAGGAAGUGUGAACCAUCUUGGAGAAAAGAUGAAGUUUGAUCUGCCAUCUUUCGAUUGGCUUGGAUGGGUCAGGGACAGAGAGGCCACAGCUGAUAGGGCCGCUCUGCCGAACCAAAUUCCACCACCUGCUCCUCGUAUUGUGCUCAAUCGGCCAACAUUUGCUGAAACUGUUGCGAGGGCCAUGAGAUUGACUGGAGUAUUGUUUACUCCUUAGGUCAUGGCUAGAAAUCUGGAAGGUGGGCGGCGUCCCAAUGUGGCUGGAGGAGGAGACCGUUCAUCAUUUACAUUCUAUGUGUUUGUAGUUAUCCUCGGUCUUAUGGUAAUCGCCGCAGGCCUUGAAAAUAGAUAGUCCGCCUCGACUUUGACUUCCGUGGCUCUGCCUCCUGAAGAAAGUACUACUGCAUUUGAGGUUUUUGUGGUGACUUGGCCACCGGGCUUUUGUUCUAUGCACGGGGUAACCUGCACAGGAGAUUCAAUUAAUGAUAAAUGGGUUGCACACGGUACAUGGGGCGUGAGGGCGGAUGGAAUUGUUAAGCAUUGCCUUAUACCGGCUAUGUCAACUUACGCCAUUGAUGUAAGUUGUCUUGAGUUGGCUGCUGCAGUAAUUGCGUACUUGUUAUACCAUGCGUCUGAUUUGUUGUAACUGCCACGAUUAUGAUAUUUUCUAAUUGCCAUGGUGCUAAUUAGUUCUAACUGAAUGCUGCUAUGGUUCUGAUUUGUAUCAACAGCUCAAGAACGUAUCAGAUUGUAAGAAGCCGAUGUGACCUUUAUUCCCAGAGCGGGUUUUGGUGGCAUGAGCUCUCCAAGCAUGCUGGGUACGUUCUUGAGCUGUUGACACAAAUCAGAACCAUGACAACAUGCAGUCAGUACUAAUUAGCAUCAUGGCAGUUAGAAAAUAUCAGAAUCAUGACAGUUACAACAAAUCGGACGUAUGGUAUAACAAGUACGCAAUUACUGCAGCAGCCAACUCAAGGCAACUUACAUCAGUGGCGUAGGUUGACAUAGCCGGUAUAGGGCAAUGUUUCUUAACAGUUCCAUCCGCCCUCACGCCCCAUAUACCGUGUGCAACCCAUUUAUCAUUAAUUGAAUCUCUUGUGCAGGUUACCCUGUGCAUAGAACAAAAGCCCGGUGGCCAAGUCACCACAAAAACCUCAAAUGCAGUACUUUCUUCGGGAGGUAAAACCACGGAAGUCGAACUCGAGGCGGACUGCCUAUUUCCAAAGCUUGCGGCGAUUAUCAUAAGGUCGAGGAUAACUACAAACACAUAGAAUGUAAAUGAUGAACGGUCUCCUCCUCCAGCCACAUUGGAACGCCCACCUUCUAGAUUUCUGGCCAUGACCUGAGGAGUAAACAAUGCUCCGGUCAAUUCUCCCGAUCCUGGGUAUCACCCAUGAACUUAUCGAGACAAUUCGAGCAACUCUUCCUCGCGCGUGCGGCGCACAGCCCGGGGCUGGCGGUUCUCCCAGACAUAACUUUUUUAUUUUAUUUUAAUUAAUGAUUAAGGGUUUA